AUGGGCUGCCGCUGCCCCCGGCUACCUGCCGGGCCCCUCGUCCUCCUCCUCGCCUGGCUCCUGGAGCCCGGAGCGGUCUCUGCCUUCUCCGAAGCCGCGAUGAGCACCGCCAGCCCCGACCCCGGCAGCUCAGGGACUCUGCCGCCGCCGAGCGGGACCCCCUUAGAGGAGACCCGGCUCCAUGUCUUCACCCUGGACUAUCCGCACGUGCAGAUCCCCUUCGAGAUCACCCUCUGGAUCCUGCUGGCUUCCCUGGCCAAGAUCGGCUUUCAUCUCUAUUACAAGUUGCCCUCCAUCGUGCCUGAGAGCUGCCUCCUUAUUCUGGUUGGAUUACUACUGGGUGGAAUUAUUUUUGGAGCCGAGGAAAAGUCCCCACCUGCAAUGAAGAGCGAUGUUUUUUUCUUGUAUCUCCUUCCACCGAUUGUACUUGAUGCUGGAUAUUUCAUGCCAACUCGUCUGUUCUUUGAGAACUUUGGUACUAUAUUCUGGUAUGCUGUAGUGGGCACACUCUGGAAUUCUAUUGGCAUUGGGCUUUCCCUCUUUGGAAUUUGCCAGAUUGAAAUAUUUGGCUUGACCGAUAUCACUUUGCUGCAGAGCCUGCUCUUUGGCAGCUUGAUUUCAGCUGUGGAUCCUGUGGCAGUGCUGGCUGUUUUUGAAAAUAUUCAUGUCAAUGAACAGCUUUACAUCCUAGUGUUUGGAGAGUCUCUGUUGAAUGAUGCCAUAACAGUGGUCCUGUACAAUUUGUUCAAGACUUUCUGCCAGAUGCCCACAAUUGAGACCAUUGAUGUAUUUGCUGGAAUUGCUAAAUUCGUUGUGGUGGGGAUCGGUGGAGUGUUAAUUGGAAUCUUUUUGGGAUUUGUGGCAGCAUUUACAACCCGUUUCACCCAUAAAAUCCGAGUGAUUGAGCCACUUUUUGUCUUCCUCUACAGUUACUUGUCAUACAUAACAGCUGAAAUGUUUCACCUCUCAGGCAUUAUGGCGAUAACAGCUUGUGCCAUGACCAUGAACAAGUAUGUGGAGGAGAAUGUUUCCCAGAAGUCCUACACAACCAUAAAGUAUUUCAUGAAGAUGCUGAGCAGUGUCAGUGAGACCCUGAUCUUUAUUUUCAUGGGAGUGUCCACGGUUGGAAAAAACCAUGAAUGGAAUUGGGCCUUUGUUAGCUUCACCCUCCUCUUCUGUUUGAUCUGGCGUGCACUGGGUGUUUUUGUUUUGACUCAGAUCAUUAACAUGUUCCGGACAAUUCCUCUAACUUUUAAGGACCAAUUCAUUAUUGCCUAUGGAGGUCUCCGAGGAGCCAUCUGUUUUUCUCUUGUAUUUCUGCUUCCUGUUGCUGUGAUCCCCAGAAAGAAAUUGUUCAUUACUGCUACUAUUGUGGUGAUAUUCUUUACCGUUUUCAUUCAGGGAAUAACAAUUCGCCCACUGGUAGAGUUUCUUGAUGUUAAAAGAUCGAAUAAAAAGCAGCCAGCUGUCGGUGAAGAAAUUUACAAUCGGUUCUUUGAUCAUGUGAAGACUGGAAUUGAAGAUGUGUGCGGACACUGGGGUCACAACUUUUGGAAAGAUAAGUUUAAAAAAUUUGACAAUAAAUUCCUGCGGAGACUUCUAAUCCGGGAGAACCAGCCCAAAUCCAGCAUUGUUUCCCUGUACAAGAAGCUGGAAAUCAAACAUGCCAUUGAGAUGGCAGAAAGUGGGAUGAUAAGUACAGUCCCAUCCUCAGCUUCUCUCAAUGACUAUCUGGAAGAUAAAGUAAGGCCGCUUUCCCCUGCUGAAAUGGAUAAUAUGCGAGAAAUAUUAACAAAGAAUCUCUAUCAAAUACGACAUCGAACGAUGUCAUAUAACAGACACAGCCUGGCUGCAGAUGCAAGUGAAAAACAGGCCAAAGAAAUUCUUAUCCGUCGCCGGCACAGCCUCCGGGAGAGUGUAAAGAAAACCCGCAGCCUGUCUAGGGACAGACCGGCUAUCACCAAAGCAACACGGUUUCUGUCCCUGCCUAAAGAUGCUAAACUGCCAGAGAAAUUACGAAUAAGGAAUAAAACAUCUUUUAGAGUAGGGGGUGCUGACAGCAGUGACUCUGAACUGGAGCUUCCUACCACAGUGCUCAAUUUAAAACCCAGAGCACGAAAAAUUUUGCAAGACCAGAGCCAGCAGCAGCCACUGCAGCAAUUUAGACUGGAGUGGAGGAAUGAAGUUAAUGGAGACCAUGAUGGAAGGGUAGAUCGCAGAGAAAUGGACAAUGAAGCUCAAGCAUCCACAGGGUUCAGGCAACCACUGCUAUCGAGACCAAGAUUUGGAACAGUGAGUGAAGAAAAUUUGACUGAAGAUGUUAGAUCAACAAGACCAAAGCCACCACCACGAAUAGUCAGGUGGGCAUCAGAAGCUGAAAGGCAUAAAAAUAAAUCUCAGAAUCAGCCAUACUGA